AUGGCUGACAUCCCUCAAUCAUUUUUGGGAUUGCUUGUGACCGUUUUGUACCUGCUAACAGGUGUCAGUGGAGAAACUCUCUCUAUGUUCUCCAGAGUGGGAGAUGUUGUCAGUCUGCCGUGUAACAAUGUGGUUUAUCCAAACUGUUCCUCUACUAUAUGGAUCUAUAACAGAGAUGGAUCUACUGGUGCUAUUGAAGUGUUCACAUUGGGGAAGAUCAAAGUUGACCAGACAGAGAGAGCAGAGAGACUGAGUUUAGGGUCUAACUGUUCUCUACAUGUUAGUGAUGUCAGAGCUGAGGAUGUUGGACUCUACAUCUGUCAACAAUACCUUACAGAGACAGGACCACAACAUGGAGGUGAUGCUCCUGUUGAUCUGUCUGUUCUAACUAUCUCCUCUACCACAGCAGUGACAGAUCUGAAGCCUAAUGUAAAUAUGACAUUACACUGUUCUCUGCUCUACUAUAAGCAACUUGGAACGUACCAGUCAAGAUUUAGUCUCAGCUGGGUCCCUAAAACAGGUACUAAUGCCCAGGACACACAGGAUUCUUCCUGUGACAUCACUCUGACUGUGACACUCCAGAAGAAGGACAACAACAGGAAGUGGACUUGCACGCUGACUGAAAAGGGAAACGUGAAGAUCUCCAUUGACUUCACCUCCACGUUCUCAGGAAGUACAGCCUCUACUGCAAGACCAGCCUUGUCUACCACCUCCCCAUCUUCUGCUG